GAUCACCAGAUGGUCAAAUCGUGGCGAGUGGAAAUAGAGCAGGAAAGCGAACUGAUCAGCUAAAUAAUCCAACAUAUGUGGUUGUCGAUAAAAGGAAAGAUUGUCUUAUUAUCUGUGAUCAUGGUAAUAGACGUGUUGUGCGAUGGCCUCGUCGAAAUGGCAUAAAUGGAGAGAUCAUCAUCACAGACGUUGACGGCACAGGACUAACAAUCAAUAAUGAUGGGUAUUUUUAUAUUUCUGACUACGAGAAGCAUGAAGUAAGACGAUGGAGAACAGGAAAUACGAAUGGAACAGUAGUAGCAGGUAGUCAUGGACAAGAUAAUCGUCUCGAUCAACUCAAUAGCUCUGGUUGCAUCGUUAUUGAUAAAGAUUAUUCAGUGUACAUAUCAGAUGAGUACACAUUUCAGGCAUCGAAUCCAUUGGAUGAAUUUAUUUUGGAAAUGCAAAAUUUGCCAUAUGCUGAAAAAAUUUAUCCAGUUAGUACAUAUCUUCUUAAACGUUUAGAUGAUUAUACAAAUAUUCAACAUUUGUAUCCAAUUGUUACUUUCAGUAAUUAUUUAAUUGAAAAAUUAAAUCAUCGAAUCAAACGAAUUGAUGCUGUUCAAACAAAAAUGAUUUACUAUUUGACACAAGACAAUGAUCGAGAUAUAACUAAAAAAUUGUUCGAAGAUUUUCUUGAUGCAUGGUAUGCAUUAACUUUCAAAGAAGUUCGUUACGGAUGUCAAACACCGAAAUUCGAACAUGUUGUUUCCAAAGAGAAAUUUGCCGAGAAUACAAGUAUUGCAAUGUUAUUAUUGACUUCAUCAAGAGAUGAUAGUAUUCUUCUACCAGCAUGUUUGAAAACAAUAGCUGAGUUACAAAAUGAAAUUGUCAAUUAUUUUCAAAAUACGAUUGAAACAACAACAAAAACUAAACAACAAUGUGUACCUUUACAAUCAAUUCGACCAGAACAUAUUUUUUCUCUUGACCGAAAUGAUUUGAAUAGAAAAUUGAUUAAUGAUAGUCUUGUCCUCAAUUAUCAAUAUGGAAAAAGUAAAGAUAUUAUUUAUGAUUAUGAAGAAAUGGAAAUUACACUUCGAAAUAUGAUCAGUAAGUUAGUUUUAAUUGAUACAGAUAAAUUAAAUUUUUUGACAUAUCAAUUUGAAUUAUAUGGUGAAAAUACGUCUUUAAUUAAUGAAGUACGUGCUCGUAUUAAACAACAACAACAAUUAACAAAUGAUGAUCGAACUAAAUUGAAUAGUCUGAUUAAUACUAUGAAUCAUGAUGAUAUUCUUCAUUAUCUUGGUUCACUUGAUAAUAUUUUUACUUAUAUAAGAACAAUUGCUGUAGAAAAACUAACAGAAGAUAUGACAAUUCAAUUAUUUGUUUAG